ACAACAGUAAGAGCUCCUCUCGUAUCCCAGUUGCUCUCUGCAGCGUCAGUUGGGCGUGUUCACGGACUCUCCUGCCAGCUGAGGUUAGAGGAGCUCAUAACUCAGAUAUCCUGCCGUCAACUUCACAAAGUGCUGUUGCUUCACGUUGACAGAAGAUGUUUUUUGCCAAAAAGUUCAUCGGUGGCAUCAUUGAUGUUGUCAGCAACAUCGACCCAGCCCAGUUUGUGCCUUCUGACCCUCCUCCACCACGCAGGCCAACUGUAUAUGCAGAGCAGCAUGAGAACGAUGAGGAGAAACAGUUUCGCAGAGUCUUCCAGCAACUCGCUGGGGAUGACUUGGAAGUGAGCCCAAAUGAGCUGAUGAACAUCCUGAACAAAAUCAUUUCAAAGCGUGACGACCUGAAGACCGAUGGAUUCAGCAUUGAGUCUUGCAGGAGCAUGGUGGCAGUCAUGGAUAGCGACAGCACUGGUAAACUCGGCUUUCACGAAUUCAAACAACUGUGGAACAAUAUCAAGAAAUGGCAGGGAGUGUACAAAGCCCAUGACAGUGAUGGCUCUGGUUUUAUCAGUGCAGAUGAGUUGCCCAAUGCUUUCAGAGCUGCUGGCUUCCCCCUCAAUGAACAGCUGUUCCAGAUGAUAAUUCGCAGAUACAGCGAUGAAAAUGGGAACAUGGAUUUUGACAACUACAUUGGCUGCCUUGUGAGGCUGGACGCCAUGUGCCGUGCCUUCAAAACCCUGGAUAAGGAUAACAAUGGGACUAUCAAAGUCAACGUUCAGGAGUGGCUUCAGUUGACCAUGUACUCCUGAGUCCAGACGAGGUCUCUCCUGCUUGCUAUACAGAACCACUUUGUUUGUUUACCAGUACAGAAUAUAUUCUCAACCAUCCCUCCUGUUAUUCAGAAAAUCCCUUGUGUGUGCAGGUUUAUUUAGAAUGUUAAUGCCAUGAAAGUGUUGUGGGAUUGUUCACUGCUCCAUAAAACUUGGAAGACAGAAUUUAUACUGUAGUACCAACCCAGAAAAGCACAAACCUGCACUCACAAUGGUAUCUGUAGCUGAGGAUCAUAAACAAAUGCUACUGAAUAUUUUUUGCCAACAUUAUUAAUAGUAUGUUGAAUUAGUGUCAUUUGGUCCAGUUGUUGGGCAUUUUUGCUUUUGAUCUGCCUCACGUCCUCAAAUCAAAAGGGCACGAGAGGAAACAGGCAAACAUUAAGAUGCCGAGAAAUUAGUGAAAAACCUAAUGUGAAAGCUCCAAUUCCUGUGUGGCUGGGGGCUGGUUUCACAAAGAUUGUAUGUUAAAGGGGUCUGUGGAAGUUUUAGUUUUGCUGUUUGACUAAAUGCUAAAAUGACCUUGGAAAGAUAACCAAAAAUAAUAAGUGACAUUGUUUUUCACACCUUCUGACAACUGUGUCACGUGCUGACAACACAGGAAAGCCUACUUCACUCGUUGCUGUAAAAAAAAAAAUCUUCCACGAGGAACAAGUUUUCUGUCGGAGUGAACAGAGUUUAACAAUGUAGCUUGGUUGUUUUUUUUGCCGCCCACACAGUUUCUACUCCAAUUAUAUCCUUCUCAGAACUGUAGGUGUGUAUAGACUGCUUGAUUGACAUCUCCGUCUCUCGCCUGUUAACUGUGUUACACCUGUCGGGACGGCUCAAUGUAUGUACAUUCAUAAUAGUGCGUGGGAUAUAGUGACCUCGUAAAUUCCCAGAAAAUCUCCACCCACUUUAACCUGAUCAGAGGAUUAACCUGUUUGCACACUAACUGAAAACAAGAAUCAUUAGGGUGCAAGUUGUCCCACCCAACAUUUUAAACACAACCAACAGGAUGUUGGGUAAAUGGCGAUCAGUCUGUACAUGCUCAUGCAGCCCUGAGAAGUCCUUUUGGGUAGAAGUGUGGGUGGAUAAUGUCUUUACAUAGAUUAGACUUUGAGAUAGACAAGAACUAGACAUGUAAAGUUAUACAUUAGUUGGUAGAGCCCAUGUUGUCUUUGUGAAACCAUUCCCAAGUUUACUGACUGCAGAUUCUUAUUCUUGAAAACAACAAUGUGAGAACAUUAAAUAAAAAUAAGGUUGAUGUUUGAAUCAUGGUACACUUGCAUCAUAGCCUAUUGCAAGUAGAUCAUGGUUUAACGAUUAGCACACUCCAUUAUUUUGCAUCAGAGUUGUUCUGUUACUGUAUAUGUAUAGCAGUCAGGAAUCCCAGUGUGUAUUGUUUGGGUGGGCUGUUAUUUUUCCAUUAAUUGUUUAAUGCUGGUAUUGCAACAAGGCCAGGGCAUUGUCUGUAUCUCAGCUUACAGAUUACUUUUAUUAUCACUGUGCACUUAUUCAACAUGCCUGCACCAGUUGAUGCCAGCACAAUAUGUAAAUUGAUAAUAUAUGACGUGUAUUCCACUAAUGCAUGCAGCCAAUAGUAACAAUGCCAUUAUUAUGGGUUUUUAACCAUGUAGUUAUAGCCACGGUCAUUGAUCGGUCACUGUUACUGAAAAUGCUUGGUAAAAUAAAUACCUGUGUCAUGUUUGGAAUAAAAGGGGUAUGUUAAA